CCAAUAAUUCCAAUGGAAGAAGAAGACGCACAUGAUGUAGGGUGCAGAAUCAAAACAGUUAAAUUUGACAGCUCGACAUUGUCCCUCACAAGGAAAAUGUUAUGAAAACGUUCCUGGCAGGCUGAGAAACAAACCGUGAUAUUCAACCAACAUUUUCAGAAAGUGGGGCCGAGUUGUGGAGGAAUGCCAUCACGGGGAAAAGCUUCUUUUGGCCGGUUUAUCCGGGAGCGGUUGCAGCGCCUCUACAGCUAGCUGAUUAGCUUCCCAGCUCCAUGGCGAUCUACGGGCUGAGCAUUACCAUAUAUAGACCGGGCACGGAGCUCCCUGGCCGGUGAAAUGUAAACGGCGACGGGCUCGGGAGACUGAGAAAGGGAAAGCAAAGACAAAACUCAGCUUGAGAGACCAAAACCACCAUCUUCACCAUGUCAUCCGAGCAGAUCAUCGCCAUCAUCAUGGAUGACAAAACCUACGAGGUGAAUAAAAAGAAGCUGAUUGAGAAGAGCGACUACUUCCGAGCUCUGUACAGCUCGGGGAUGAGGGAGUCCACGGAGGACUCGGUGCAGCUGCAAGGACUCAGCGUCCUAGGCUUGGAGCUGGUCCUGGAGUUCAUCAACACCUCCAAAGUCCAGGUAGUCAACGAGACUCUGGAGGAUCUGAUCGAGACCGCCUCCUUUCUCCAGGUCACCUCCAUCCUUAAGCUCCUCACUUCGGAGAUCCGGCUGGAGAACUGCGUGGAGCUGUACAGCCUCUCCGAGGUGUAUGGGACUCACGACCUGCGUACUGCUUGCCUCAAAUACAUGACCUGCUACUACCACCCCAUGCUGAGGCGGCCCGAGUUCAGCAGCCUGGCCUCUGCUGUCAGGGACCAAGUCAAGGAGAUGCGCAUGAAUGGCACUGCCACCCUGGUGGCCAUCGGAGACUUCACCAGCCUGUCCCUGGACGUUCCAGAUCAGGAUGAGCCCUGGUCCAUGCUGAGGUAUGGAGAGGUGGAGCAGCGCUGGAAGCCUCUCGCCAACAACCUCCCUCCAGAUAUGAUCAACGUCAGGGGGUAUGGGUCGGCCAUCCUCGAUAACUACUUGUUCAUAGUUGGCGGGUACAGGAUGACGAGUCAGGAGAUCUCUGCUGUGCACUGCUACAACCCCUGCAGGAACGAGUGGAACCAGGUGGCGCCACUCAACCAGAAGAGGUCCAACUUCAAGCUGCUGGCUGUACAGGGGAAGCUGUACGCUGUGGGAGGCCAGUGUCUGGGCACAGUGGAGUGUUACAGCCCUGAGCAGGACUGGUGGACCUGCGUCUCCUCGAUGCCCGACCCGCUGGCUGAGUUCUCUGCCUGUGAGUGCCAGGGUAUGAUCUACGUCAUGGGUGGAUACACUGCGAGAGAGAGGAACACAAACAUCCUCCGAUACUGCCCCAUCUCUGACACCUGGACGACAUUCCGAUCCUGCCCGGCUCACAUCCGGAAGCAGCAGAUGCUCUCCGUGGAGGAUACCAUCUACCUGGUGGGUGGAUACACCCACGAGCUGGACACGGGGCUGCGGCGGCGACGUCCCAGCCAAACGGAGGACGUGCUGACGGUGCAGUCGUACAACGUCACCACGGGGGAGUGGCUCCAGCUGAAGGAGAACACGUCCAAGUCGGGACUGAACCUGACGUGCACGCUGCACAACGACGGCAUCUACAUUAUGAGCCGGGACGUCAGCCUGCCCACCAGCCUGGAACACCGCGUUUUUCUCAAAUAUAACAUUUUCUCAGACGCUUGGGAGGCCUUCAGGCGCUUCCCGGCUCUGGGACAGAACAUGCUGCUCUGCUCACUUUACCUUCCUAACGUGCUGUGACACGCAGAGCGGCGGGAAAGCUCGAGCACUGUCAACAGACCAAUUAUUGUUGCACUCAUUGGGGAUCUGUGGCGUCAGGGUGUGGUUGGCAGUUUGAACGCCUCGUGACCGCCGUGCCUCGGAUUUAAAAGCUUGAAAAACGUGCACUAUGCUAAAGAUACUGCUGUGGAUGCAAAUGGAAAAGCUAUAAUCACAAGUGUGGCCCAAAGCAUCAUCAGAGGUAGCACCAGUUUGUGCCUCUCAUGUGUUAAAGUCAGCAGUCACCAUUAAAUAAUCACCAGGUGAAGUUUAGAAAACACAGAACCAGUUGGUUUUGCCUUUUGAAGGCAUUUCCACAAUCCUCAAAAAGUCUCCUCUGACCAUCUGGAUGAGCACAUGAUGGUUGGAUUGCAGAUUUGAAAGGUGGAGGAACAGCAUACAUAUGGUCAAAAGAGUCUUUUAGGGUCCUGGAAAUGAUGUUUGAUGAGAAAAACAUUUCCAAUUCAAAUAGUGUAAAUUAUAUCACGUAAGGAGCUUUAGCAACCUCUUUGUGUGACGCAGCAUGUGAAAACCAAUCUGGAGUCCAAAUUUCAAAACUUCUAGUUUAACAUGCAAAAUAUUCAUUUUUGUUUCUAUGAAUUUCUUUCAGAGAGACUAAAAAGUCUGCAGCAUCACUGUGGGGAUGAGUUUUCCCUAUAUUUGUAGACUGUGAAGUUAAAAUGAAUUUUUGAAAAACUGGAAAUUAAUUUUGCGCACAGCCUGGAUCCUGCAUAUUUUUCACAUGCUGUGUUACUCUUUAACCUUUACAGCGUGACAUUUCUGUCCACACUCUUUCCAAAAAUAAUUUAACAAAAACACUGAGAAAAUAAACUGAAAGAAAAUAUUAAAUACAGCUUAAUUAAAAAAUAGAAUAAUAAAAAAAUAUACUAAUUAUUUUUAUUUCUUUUUUUAAUUACAUUUUUUUUUUUUCCCCAGUUUUUCAUGUUUUAAUUUAUUACUACAUGGAGGAUAUUUAGCAGGUCCCAGGCUUAACAAAAUUCAGAAUAAUCAUUAUAAUAAAAACAUUUUUCGGAAGCAGCUGACUCAGUAAGCACAGACUGCAAACACUAAAACUGCUGACAGUUUCUUUAUAUUUUUAUUUUGGUUGAUUUUUUUUUUUAAUUUACGAAAAACUUUUUAUUCGUUUUAUUUAUUUCCUUUCUGUCUACUUUAUUUUAUUUUAUUUUAUUUUAACUAAAAUAUUUCAGCACCCAGAGUUUUCAGGCGAUUUGAAAACCCCUCCGCCUUUGAAAUGAGACAUGACACACCGAGUUAGGCUCUGUGCAGAUCUCCUGCCUGCCACUGUUUUGUCUUAAGCAGACUUAAAAUGCAUUUUUCUACUUUUACAUCCACGACCAUACAAAACAUGAGAGGCACUGACGAGGGCUGCAUAACAGCAUGCUUUCAAAUCUAACGGCCACGUUAUUCCUGAUGUUUACACUCCAUUGGCAUCAAAGUUUAACAUAACACAGCACAACACACUACAAACCUUAAAAAAAUCUCAGAAACAACAUGCAUUAAUGCUCUGCACAUGGCAGGUAAUCAUAACGUGGCUUUGGUUUUACACUGCCAGUCGUACAAGGAGCAGAAGUUCUUUCAGAGGGAGCUUCAUGUGUUGUAUGAACACUUGCAUAGUCUUACUCUUCAGAGAGACACUAAGAAAAGCUUAAAGCGCGAUUCCAUGAACUGAUGCACACGUGCCUUCUGCAAGGAUAAAAACAGAAAAAAAGCACAAGAUGCAGGACUCUGUUACAUUUCCAGCAACCAACCAAUAUUGCUGUGUUUACUUUCUGAUUUUUGCUGAAGCAGGUUUUGUUUUCAUUUCUGCGAUGAAUGGAGGGACGGGUGCAGGUUUGAGAAGUGAGUCUGAAA